AUGAAUAAAAAAUGUACAAUUAUUUAUGCAACUGAAUCAGGUACAUCACAAGAGGUAGCAGAAAAGUUAUCACGUGAUUUAGUUUUAUAUGAAAUUAAACCAAGGUUAAUUGAUGUUACAAAUUAUAAUAAACUUGAAUUACCAAUGGAAAAGAUAGUAAUAUUCGUAUUAUCAACUACAGGUCAUGGAGAAGUACCAGACCCAAUGAAACCUCUUUGGAAUUUCUUAUUAAUUAAAUCAUUACCAAGUAAUUCAUUAGCAAAUACAAAAUUUGCAAUUCUUGGAUUAGGUGAUUCAUCCUAUACAACCUAUAAUUUCGCAGCUAAAAAAUUAUAUCAACGUUUACAAUCAAUAGGUGGUACACCAUUAUUACGUAGAGGUGAUGCUGAUGAUCAACAUGACCUAGGUAUAGAUUAUGAAGUUGAAAAAUGGUCACAAGAAUUAAUUUCAAAAUUAUUAACAAUUUAUCCGUUAUCACCAAAUUUUAAUAUUAAUAAUAUUAAAAAUCAAUUAAAUAAAUCAAAAUAUAAUAUUAAAAUUGAUAAAAUUAAUGAAAAUAAUAAAGAGAUUAAAUAUGAAAUACCAACACAAUUUUAUAAGAGUAAAUUAAAAGUUAAUAAAAGAAUAACAGUUGAGGAAUGGGAACAGGAUGUUAGACAUAUUGAAUUGGAUAUUAGUGAAUGUAAAGAACUUCAAGUACCAAUUAAAUAUCAAAGUGGUGAUGUUGCAUAUGUUUUACCAAAGAAUCCAAUAAAGAGAGUGAAUGAAUUUAUAGAGUUAUUAGGAUUACAUUCCAAUUGGAUCAUUGAAUCAAUUGAACCAAUCGAUAAAGAAAUAACACAAUCACCAACAUUACUAAAAUUACCAAUUACAAUUUACGAUUUGGUUAGAUGCUAUUUCGAUAUUAUGGGCUCACCAAGAAGAUAUUUCUUUGAAUUGUUAUCACAUUUCGUUACGAAUCCAAUUGAAAAAGAGAGAUUAGAAUUUUUUUCAUCUACAGAGGGUCAAGAUGAUCUAAGAACCUAUAAUCAAAAAGAGAAAAGAAAUUAUAUUGAUGUUUUAAAGGAAUUUCCAUCAAUUGAAAUCCCAUUUGAAUAUUUAUUCGAUUUAAUACCACCAAUUAAACCAAGACCAUUUUCAAUCUCUUCCUCUUCUUUAUUAAAUCCAAAUACUAUUCAUUUAACCGUUGGUAUUAAUACUUAUACAACUCCAUUUAGAAGAUUAUUUAGAACUGGUUUAUGUUCUCAAUAUUUUUCUUCUUUUUUAAAUGAUAAUGAUAAUAAUAUUGUACCAAUAUUUAUAAAAGAAAGUGGUGCAAGAUUACCAAAAUCAAAUGAAAUACCAAUUAUAAUGGUUGGACCAGGUACAGGUUGUGCAAUAUUUAGAUCAUUCAUGCAAGAGAGAUUAUAUUUUAAAAAUAAUAGUGAUAAUAAUAAUAAAUUAGGUGAUGCAUUAUUUUAUUUUGGUUGUAGAUCAGAAUCAAAAGAUUAUUAUUAUAGAGAUGAAUUUGAAAGUAAUUUAGAAAAAGGAAUUAUUAGUAAACUAUCAGUUGCAUUCUCUCGUGAUGGAAAAGAUGGUAAAAAAGUUUAUGUUCAACAAUAUAUUGAAAAUGAUUCAGAUUUAAUUUGGGAUAUAAUUAAUAAUAGAAAUGGUUACUUUUAUAUUUCAGGUUCGAGUGGUAGAAUGCCAAAAGAUGUUAAACAAUCAUUAUUAACAAUAAUUAAAUCAAAUUUAUUAAAAAACAAUAAUAAUAAUAAUAAUAAUAAUAAUAAUAAUAAUAAUAAUAAUAAUAAUAAUAAUAAUAAUAAUAAUAAUGAUGAUGAAAAUAAUAUUGAUGAAAUUGUUAAUAAUUAUUUCGAAAAAUUAGAAGUUGAAAAAAGGUUUAUUACUGAAACUUGGUAA